AUGCAAUCCCUCAUUAGAUAUCAGCAAAUAUUGGACGUUUGUUCACUUCAGCCAGACAUAGAUAUUCUGUUGGCCGGCGAUAACACUGAGAUUGGAGAGAAAGGCAUAAAUCUAAGUGGAGGUCAGAAACAACGAAUAAGUGUAGCACGAGCUUUGUAUAGCCGAACAGACAUAGUCAUAUUGGAUGAUCCACUAGCCUCCCUAGACGUCCAUGUAGGCGCCCAUCUAAUGGAAAAUGGAAUAGUUGAGUUUUUGAUGGAAGAAGAGCGAACAGUGAUUGUCGUGACACAUCAUUUACAGUAUUUAUGUCACGCUGAUCAGGUUGUCAUCAUGGAGGAUUGCACUGUUGCUCGUCAAGGUGAUUUAAAAGAAAUUCGAAGACACAGUCCAGAACUAUACAGCGACUGGCAAAAGUCUAUUACUGUCAUCACAGAAUCUGAAGCUAGUCAGUCAGAAGGGGAAGAUGUGAACACGGAACGUAAACAUUUGCUUGAUGUCGUAAAACAAAUGUCCAAUCAAAGUGUUGAUGGUAUUCAGGAAGAUGGGUUAUUAAUUGUAAAAGAAGAACGGGAAACAGGUUCUGUAUCAUUGCACAUGUAUUUGUCUUAUGCCAGAGCAAUAAAAUAUCCAUUUGUAUUCUUGAUAUGUAUAUUAUACAUCACGCAAACAGCUCUACAUAUUGUAAACAAUUUCUGGCUAUCAGAAUGGUCGGAGGCAGGUGUUAAUAUCGAUAACAAGACAGAGGCUCAAUUGGAAGAAGAAUUGGACUAUUAUCUCAAUGGAUAUGCAGCGUUGUCGUUCGGCUUUGCCGGUUUCAAUUUGUUAACAGUCGCCAUUAUCAUUAUCUGUUCGUUAUUUGCCAUUAGAAGAAUGUAUAUCAGACUGUUACGUAAUAUUGUUCAUGCGCCAAUGAGAUUCUUUGAUACAACCCCACUCGGUCGUAUAUUGAAUAGGUUUUCAACUGAUACACAGGUUAUAGAUCAGCGGCUAUGGAAGACGACAGUCCAGAUAAUACAGGCAUCACUUCCCUGUAUAUCAGCUAUCGUUGUCAGUGCUGUGGUGACUCCAAUAUUUAUUGGUGCAGUGGCCCCUGUUAUUAUUCUUUAUUAUUUUGUACAAUCAUAUUUCUUAUCAUCAGCUCGGGAACUGCAACGCUUGGAUAGCAUUACAAGAUCACCUAUAUUUGAACAUUUCUCUGAAACCGUUGGAGGGUUGUCAACAGUGCGAGCAUUCAGGCAUGAAGCAAAGUUCCGGCAAAGUUUCAUGCACCGAAUGAAUAAGAAUAAUUUAGCGCAGUUAUAUUUAAAUUACAGUCAUAGGUGGCUUGGAGUUAAUCUGGAAAUACUCGGUGCUCUCGUUAUUCUGAUUUCUGGCUUGUCUUCGCUUAUAUCAUGUGAGCUGGGCCAGAUUGAACCAAGUUUGGUAGGAUUGGCGUUGACGUAUUCAGUAUCGAUUUCAGGUUUUUUAACAUGGUUGGUUCGUGCUGGUGCAGACUGUGAGAUGUACAUGAACGCUGUGGAACGAGUCGAGUACUAUUCACAAGUAAACACAGAACAAUACCAAGGAGUUUACAACCCUCCUCCUGAUUGGCCAGAUAAAGGUGAUGUUAUUUUAGAGAAUGUGUCCGUGAGAUAUGCUACUGGGCUAGACCCUGUGUUACGUGAUGUCAAUGUUCGUUUCAAAGCUGGUGAAAAGGUUGGUAUAUGUGGUCGAACUGGAAGUGGCAAAUCAUCUCUGACUCUGGCGUUGUACAGAAUUAUUGACACAUUUCAAGGUCGUAUACUCAUUGAUGGCGUUGAUAUAUCCCACGUUCCAUUGUUAACACUUCGUAGUCGACUUGCCAUUAUCCCACAAGAUCCUGUUUUAUUUCAAGGGACAAUAAGGUUUAACUUGGACCCAGAAGGUUCGAAAACUGAUGACGAAUUAUGGCAGGCCUUAGAAAUAGCGCAGUUGAAACCUGUAGUCAGUGAAUUACAUAUGACAUUAGAUGCCCAAGUCACAGAAGAAGGUGAAAACUUCAGCCUUGGUCAGAGACAGUUAUUUUGCUUAGCCAGAGCAUUUUUACGAAAAGCCAGAAUCCUGGUGAUGGACGAAGCCACCGCAUCAAUUGACAUCAAAACGGAUAAGAUCUUACAGCAAGUAGUUGCCAAUGCUUUUGCUGACAUGACAGUUCUUACUAUUGCUCACCGCAUUGCCACCAUAUUAGACGCUGAUUCCGUACUGGUACUGAGUGAUGGUAGUGUUGAAGAGUAUGACACACCGAGUAAUCUACUGGCAAAUAGUGACAGUGCGUUUGUAUCAUUAGUAAAUGGGCCAUCAUAACCUAUAGUAUAGUCACAAACUGUUUUAAAUCCAGUGUAGUAUUCACUCUCAUAGCCGGCAAAACUCGAUUGCAGCAGGAAGAGGCGUGACUACAACUUUUUUUAAUUUUACUUGAAUCUGAUUUAUUAUUUUUUUAACAAAUGUCCAUUUCGGCCCAACAGAAACUAAAAACAUAAAUGUGAAGACAGGCACUUUAAAGCAUUACAGUCAUUGAAGUUCACAUGUAUGUAUUUGACAAGCGUUUUAUACAUCGUGUGCAUGACGAAUAUGACAAUUUAAACAUCAUUGAUAAGUGUACAAGUCACCUCAAGAAUCAUGCAAGCCAGAUGGAGAAUAUUCAAUCCAUUUUGCUCUA